ACACUAUAUAUAUAUCAAACAAUCCAAUCCUUUAGGACACAAAAAUAAUCAUCAAACAAGCAUAUUAUAAUCUUGUUGUCACUUGUCACAAUGCAUUUCAUCAAAGUCAUUCUUUUUGUAACAACUUUCAUCUCAGUUACAAUCUCUCAGGCUCACCCUGCAGGCUUCAACUUUGGCUGGGGUGGUCAUCAUGGUGGAACAACUAGAGGAAUGUCUUUUGGUCUUUCUCCUCAAUUCUAUCAGUUUUCAUGCCCUCAAGCUAAUGACAUUGUCAUGUCAGUGUUGGAGAAGGCUAUUGCUAAGGAUAUCAGAACAGCAGCUUCUCUUCUUAGACUUCACUUCCACGAUUGCUUCGUGCAGGGCUGCGAUGCAUCGAUUUUGUUGGAUGAUAGCGCGGCAAUAGCCAGCGAAAAAAAUGGCGGGCCGAACAAAAAUUCGGUCCGAGGUUUUGAAGUGAUUGACAAGAUCAAAUCUAAAUUGGAACAAGCAUGUCCUCAGACAGUCUCAUGUGCAGACAUUGUUGCCCUUGCUGCUAGGGGAUCCACUGUUCUUAGUGGAGGACCCAAUUGGGAGCUACCAUUAGGAAGGAGAGACUCAAAAACAGCAAGCCUAAGGGGCUCAAACAAAAACAUUCCCCCACCAAAUGCCACCAUUGAAGGUCUCCUAACAUUUUUCAAACGUCAAGGCCUUGAUGAAGUAGACCUUGUUGCCCUCUCAGGUGCACAUACAAUUGGUGUGGCAAAAUGUGCAACAUUCAAGCAAAGACUAUACAACCAAAAUGGAAACAACCAACCAGAUGAGAAUCUAGACAAAUCAUUUUACUUUGAUUUGAAAACAGUGUGCCCAAAAUCAGGUGGUGACAACAAGAUUUCUCCCUUGGACUUUGGUUCCCCAAGAAUGUUCGAUAAUACUUAUUACAAACUCUUACUUAGGGGAAAAGGUUUGCUUAAUUCAGAUGAAGUGCUUCUCACAGGAAGUGUUAAGGAGACUCAUGAACUAGUGAAGAAAUAUGCACAGGAUGAAAGUCUCUUCUUUGAGCAAUUUGCUUUGUCUAUGAUCAAGUUGGGAAAUCUUCGUCCUCUCACUGGAUUUAAUGGUGAAGUUAGAAAGAAUUGUCGACUAGUUAAUUAAGAAGCAAAAUUAUAUGUUGUUAUAAUUAAGAGUUAUUUGCAUUGUACUAUUUAAUUAAAUAUAGAAGCCUAUCUUUAUGUUUUGCAUUUUAUUUAAAUUUAGAAGUAUUAAACCUAUAGUUGUUACGAGGAUUUGAGUUGUGUUGUAUAUCUAUAUAUAAAGUUUGAUAAGCUUAUAUUAAGUAAGUAGUUGUGUGUUUAUGUUGCU